UCGACAGAAGGCUUUUGGAUCGCGAGCUGGAUGGAGAUCGGCGGAGGGAUGCUUCACCGCGCACUUGGAGGACGAGCCUCGGUGACAAGCCAAACCAAGGCAGAUUCCCUGCUGCCAGUCUCAAUCCACUGGCUAGCGUCACCACGGAUGAGCCCAUGCAACGGGGCAGGUUCCGUCUCUCCUCUGAGGAACGUCAACGCCGGCUUAGGGAAGGGCGGUGCUUCUACUGCGGUCAGUUGGGUCAUUCCGUGAGCAACUGUCACGUCAAAGUUGCCGGUGCCGGUAGCCAGGGCACGGGAGAGGUGAGUCUGAAUUUCAUUAAGGAAGACCCUACACGGGUUCUUCCUAAAGUGACACUAGGCUCUCCUGAUUUAUCUCAAGUGCCCACCUGUUAUCAGGAUAUUAAAGAUGUUUUUUCCAAGUCCAAGGCCAAAUCCCUUCCACCCCACAGACCUUAUGACUGUGCUAUUGACUUGCUGCCUGGAACCACACCCCCACGAGGGAGGUUUUUCUCUCUUUCAGGGCCGGAACACAAGGCCAUGAAGGAAUACAUAGAAGAAUCACUGGCAGCCGGGAUCAUUCGCCCAUCUUCAUCCCCUGCGGGAGCAGGAUUUUUCUUCGUGGACAAGAAAGACAAGACCCUGCGACCCUGUAUCGAUUACCGGGGUCUCAAUGAGAUCACGGUCAAAAACAGGUACCCUCUUCCUCUCAUCUCCACCGCCUUUGAGUUCCUGGAGGGAGCCAAGAUUUUCACAAAACUGGACUUAAGAAAUGCAUAUCAUCUAGUCAGGAUAAGGGAGGGGGAUGAAUGGAAAACAGCAUUUAACACACCAACGGGACAUUAUGAAUAUUUGGUAAUGCCUUUUGGGCUUACUAACGCUCCAGCUGUUUUCCAGAACCUUGUCAACGAUGUCCUGCGCGACAUGUUGAAUGUUUAUGUUUUUGUUUAUUUAGAUGAUAUUCUGAUAUUCUCCCCGGAUGAGGAGACUCACAUUAUUCAUGUCCGCUCUGUUUUGCAGCAGUUACUGCAGAAUCAACUCUAUGUCAAGGCUGAGAAAUGUGAGUUCCACCAGGCGUCCGUUUCUUUUCUGGGUUUCGUCCUGGCUCAAGGUGAAGUCAAGAUGGACCCUUGCAAAGUCGAUGCCGUUAUUAAUUGGCCUACUCCCACGUCACGCAAAGAUGUACAAAGGUUCUUAGGGUUCGCAAACUUCUACAGGAAAUUCAUCAGGAAUUUCAGUUCUAUAGCCUCUCCUUUGCAUGAUCUUACCUCGCCACACAAACCUUUUGUAUGGAACCCGCUUUGUCAUGCAGCUUUUCAAAAACUUAAGUCGAGCUUUACCUCCGCUCCCAUCCUUACUUUGCCAGAUCUCAAACAGCAGUUUGUGGUAGAAGUCGAUGCGUCUGAUGCCGGAAUAGGAGCAGUGCUCUCCCAGAAGUCUCUCAAGGAUGAGAAGUUACAUCCUUGUGCGUUUCUCUCCAAAAAAUUGACCCCAGCUGAAAAAAAUUAUGACAUUGGCGACCGUGAACUGCUGGCAGUCAAGGUGGCUUUGAUGGAGUGGAGGCACUGGCUAGAGGGGGCACAUACUCCGUUUUUAGUAUGGACAGAUCACAAGAACCUUGAAUAUAUUAAAACUGCCAAAAGAUUAAAUGCGAGGCAGGCUAGAUGGGCUCUUUUCUUCUCUAGAUUUAAUUUUACGUUAUCAUACCGACCGGGUUCUAAAAAUGGUAAGCCAGAUGCUUUG